AUGCUUCAGGUGUUGCCUGCUGAGUGCAUCUUCCUUUUACAUUGUCAUGUGCUACAGCAUUUGAUGAAGGGUACUAUGCAAACCAGCUCAGAUCAGCUUGAAAAGAUCCGAGCAGAGGAUGUUAGAGCGGGGAGCCUAAAUGAAGAAGAAGAAGGAACUAAUAAUGGGAUACGGUGGUCCGUGCCUGCAAUUGCCAUAGCUGUUGCCCUCUCCUUGGCGGUAGAACUAUUUAACUUAAAGGAUUUUAAUGGGACAUCUGAUGAUGCAGCAUCUUUCCUUAUCAAGAAAUUGGAAUAUCUUGUCUCAAGCCGGCCAACUGCCGUGAAUCUUUCAGAUGCUGCAAAAAAACUUAAAGAAGUUGCAAGAAGGUUGCUGCCACUACUUGCUUACAUUGAAGCUGCUGAAAUUAUGCUCAAAGAUGAUGUUGCUUCCAAUAAAGCAAUUGGAUCUUAUGGAGCCAGUUUUCUUCAGCAGCAGCUGAAAGACUUUAAGAGCAUAUCUGUUUUGACCCAUUGCAACACUGGCAGUCUUGCCACAGCUGGAUAUGGGACUGCUUUAGGUGUGAUCCAUGCACUUUAUGCUGAAGGUGUUCUAGAAAGGGCAUACUGUACAGGAACCUGUCCAUUCAACCAAGGUUCCAGGCUGACAGCAUUUGAGUUGGUGCAUGACAACAUACCUGCCACUCUAAUAGCAGAUUCUGCUGCUGCGAUGAAAACUGGAUGUGUGAAUGCUGUCAUUGUUGGAGCCGAUCGCGUGGCUCCUAGUGAGAUUAUAAUAGAAGAAAGACCUGCAAAAGAAUUGGUGAACUUACGACUUGGAGAACAAGUUGCUGCUUCUGGAAUCUCUGUCUGGAACCCGGCUAUUGACAUAAACCAGUUUAAUCUUUCACCUUCUUUCUUUUCUUUGCAAUUCUUUGUCGGUGGCAACUGGAAGUGUAAUGGAACCAAAGACUCCAUUACCAAGCUUGUAUUGGACUUGAACAGUGCCAAGUUAGAGACUGAUGUUGAUGUCGUUGUAGCUCCUCCCUUUGUUUACAUUGAGCAAGUCAAGAAUUCAUUAACAGAUGGGAUUGAUAUAGCUGCUCAAAAUUCAUGGACAGGAAAAGGUGGGGCUUUUACCGGAGAAAUCAGUGUGGAACAGUUGAAGGAUAUUGGAUGCAAGUGGGUUAUUCUUGGACAUUCUGAACGGAGACAUGUAAUUGGAGAAGAUGACCAGUUUAUAGGAAAGAAGGCUGCUUAUGCCUUGAGCCAGGAUCUGGGAGUAAUAGCCUGCAUUGGAGAGCUGUUACAAGAAAGAGAAGCAGGCAAAACCUUUGACGUUUAUGCUGUACUCAGUUGGGAUAAUGUCGUCAUUGCAUAUGAGCCGGUAGGGGCAAUUGGAACUGGUAAAGUGGCCACACCAGAGCAGGCCCUGGAAGUUCAUUUAGCAGUUCGUGAUUGGCUUACAAAGAAUGUUUCUGCAGAAGUUGCGUCAAAGACACGGAUUAUCUACGGAGAUAUUCCAUGCUUUUUUUCUUUCUGGUCUGUAAAUGGUGGCAACUGUGCUGAACUUGCAAAACAAGAAGAUAUUGAUGGAUUCCUCGUCGGUGGUGCUUCCUUAAAGGGUCCCGAGUUUGCAACCAUUAUUAAUUCUGUGACCUCAAAUAAGGUUGCUUCUUGA